GUUUUAAAAUUUACAUGCAAGCCAGUUUUCAAGAACUUUUUGUAAAAUUCCAACAAAUUGACAACAUCUACAGGGGCUCAGUGACGUAUAGAUCAGUACGUAUCUUUUAACGUUUUUGAAGGCAUCAAAUAAAUUCAAUGGAAAAGCUAGCACUAGGUUAUGUUUUCGUGGCAAUAUUUCCAUCAAUCAUCUAUGGUUUUCUAUGUCACGAAGCCGAAGAAUUGCCAGGAUACGAAACUGUGCUGAAACUAGACGAGAUGGCCAGAAAAGGUGAACUUAUUGAUCAAUUUAAACCUACAGAAUCUGGAUUCCUUGGUGGUGGAUCAAUUGGUUUUACUUACAAAGGCACACUGCGUCCAAAUGGACGUGAAGUGGCAAUGAAGUUUACAUCGUCUGAAGGUAAACUUGAGGCCAGAAGAGAAUAUGAAAUCUAUUCAUAUUUAGAUGCAAUCAAUAAUACGGCUAUUGAAAGUAAAGGCAUUCCAUCAGUUUACUAUUUCGGCGAAUGGGAAGAUUACACUUUGAUGGCAAUUACAUUGCUGGAUCCAGUAUUCACUAAAAAAAUUAAUGCCAAAGACAUUGACGAAACAGAUAUUUUAAUAAUAUCUAGAGAAUUUGUAAGAAUAACAAAAUACAUCCAUAGCCGUGGUAUUCAUCACAAUGACAUCAAAUAUGGUAAUAUAAUGUUCCGUAAACACCAGUGUUUCAUUAUCGAUUACAAUUUAGCUUCAACAAUGUAUAAAAGUAGCCGAGGAAAGAUAUCGCAACCUUCAGUACAAAGAACCUUUGAAGAUGGUCGACGUGCGGCAAAGGAGGAUAGGGGAAGUUUUCUUUCUUCAAUGAGUGACUUUUUCGGUUUAGAACUCGAAUGGCUUCAGUUUAGUAAAAUGCAUGAAAUACUCCUCGGAAAAUUGAGAUACCUCUGGCGAAAAUUGGCACAAGAUAUUAAACAAAUCAAGGAAAUUGAAGAUGACGGAUUGAGCAGAGUUUUCGGUGAAUUUGCCAGUUAUGUAUUCGAAGAUCAGAUUGAGAGUAUGAAUCGCGAUAAUGGGACAAGAGUUUCGAUUUACGAUAAAAUAUAUGAAAUUAUCAACGAAGAAAUAGCAAAGUACAAGAAUGGGAAGCCAGUCUUAGUUUCAUGGCUAACAGAGGAAGAAGAAGAAAAGGCGCUGCAGGAUUUAGAAGAACACCCAAUACCAACAAACAUAACAUUCAUUACCGAUCCCUUCAAUCAACCAAUGCUCAAAUACAAAAGUGUAAAUUUUGAAUAUUUUAGUAAAAAGAAGCAUACAAAUGCACAGUCGUCUAGAAACCCCAAAAAACGUUAA